AUUCGGCGAUUUCCGAGACUUGUGAUAAACGAGAGCAUGUCCGACUUGGGUUCAUGGCCCAGGACGAAUCGCGGCCGGAGCCGAGGCGUCGGAGGCCGCUAUACUCCUAGUCCCCGAGGGCAAUCUUCACGUCCGUCUUUUCAACCUAACGGUUCACCUCCGGUUGCAUAUAGUUGGCGGCCUAGAGGAUCCACCACCUCAGGGCACAAUGUUGAGCCUUGUUCAAGUGAAGGGGAAGGUUCAGGGGAAACGAUAGCUGAUGGCAUCUCAAAGAAAUUUGCUAGUUUGUCCCCAUUAGACAAUCCAUACAGGCAUAGAGGAGAAUUCACCCCCUCAGGGCGUAAUGAUGAACCUUGUUCUAGUGAAAGGGAAGGCUCAGCGGAAACAUUAGCUAAUGGUAUCAAGAAAUUUGCUAGUUCGUCCCCAGUAGACAAUCCAUACAGGCAUAGAGGAAGAUUCAGCCACUCAGGGCAUAAUGUUGAACGUUGUUCAAGUGAAAGGGAAUGUUCAGGGGAUACAUUAGCCAAUGGCAUCUCAAAGAAAUUUGCUAGUUUGUCCCCAUUAGACAAUCCAUACAGGAAUGAUGAUAGUCCCCAAAGUACAUUUUCUUGUGUAGGAAAUCCUAUGCAGGUGGAACAUAAUAGUAGCAUAAAACAGCCAUUUUCCUCGUCUGCUUCUGGAUUUAAACAGAAGGAUUCACCUUCGUCAUGCCAAUCUGUUAAAGGUUGCUCACCGGUUGAUAGAACCUUCUUGAAAAAUGAGAGUAUUCAUGCUGUUAACUCUGAUUUUGGAAAGAGGCUUUCUGAGGAGAUAAACCAAUCUGAGCAAAGUUCUAAAGAGGAAGCAAAUAAUGGUGACAAAUCUAAGAACCUUGAUGUUGGUUUUGACAUCUGCCAGGAGAGAGCUGGAAACCUUAUCAAGCUAAAAACACCUCUGCAUGUGAAGAACAAAGAAAAAAGAAAUGAAAUUAAGCGCAGCAUGGAGGUUCAAAACAUUAAAAUCUUAUGUGACGGUAUGGUUCUUCUGAAGAGUUUCAUCUCCUUGUUGGAUCAAGUAAGAAUAGUGAACACUUGCCGGAAGCUGGGCAUUGGUCCUGGAGGAUUCUACCAGCCUGGCUACAAUGAUGGAGCAAAGCUGCACUUAAAGAUGAUGUGCCUUGGUAAAAAUUGGGAUCCUGAAACCAGUCAGUACGGUGACAAAAGGCCUUACGAUGGUGCAAAGCCUCCAGUGAUACCGGAUGAAUUACAUCAUUUGGUUCAAAAGGCAAUACAACAUUCUCAAUCAUAUUUGGAAAAACAUUCUAAAUGUAGAAAUAUGGAUGAUGUUCUUCCAUCAAUGUCACCAAAUGUCUGCAUUGUGAAUUUCUACACAACUAGUGGCAAGCUAGGUCUGCAUCAGGAUAAAGAUGAGAGUCCAGAAAGUAUCAAAAGAAGGCUUCCUGUGGUCUCAUUUUCCAUUGGUGAUGCUGCAGAAUUUUUGUAUAGUAAUGAGAGGGACCCAGAAAAGGCUGACAAAGUCAUACUGGAAUCAGGGGAUGUGCUAAUAUUUGGUGGAAAAUCAAGGCUUAUAUAUCAUGGCGUGAGCUCCAUUAAACAAAAUACUGCAUCCCCUUCCCUGUUGGAGGAGACAAAUCUUAAACCAGGUCGUCUGAAUCUUACUUUCAGGCAGUACUGACAUUAUUAGGAGCAGUAUAGUGUGUUAUUUACUAGAAUCAACCAUAAUAGGCUUGGAUGAAUGUGGUUCUCUGUUUUUUUAACUGUUUGCAGAAGAAAACAGAUCAUUUGUUGUAGUGUAUCAGUGUAUGUCUACGUCCACCAUCCACCAUCCACUAUGCCUUUAUGGAUCUUUUGUAUGUGGUGAAAUAUGAUGUGAUAUUGUCACAUUUUCAUUGUAAAAAUAGCUGAAUAUUUUGAUUUUGAAUGCUGAAUAGAGAUGAUUGAAUGAUUGAUAAUGA